AUGGUAGCUAUUCUGAGGAAAGCAAAAGGCAUCAAAGCAAGAUUGGAGUCGCUUGACCGCAUGUGGCUAAUCGAAAGGUAUAUCAGUUACAAGGAAGGCAGCCCUGUUGAUCGAAUGAGGAUUUGGGUGACUACUGGUUUGAGAAUUAAGCUGAGAGAUAUGAUGAAUGAUUUUCAGUCCUUGAGAGAACAGAUCGUUCAAGUGCACAAAGAAGGUCUCGAGAGGAGGUAUUAUAAUGCCACAGGAGAGGAAGCAAGUGAGGAAGUGAUUGAUAGAUGA